CACUUCCGUUGAGCUUUGCGUGUGUUUGUCCCAGGCGGGUACCCGUACGCCUCCGAAUCUAGCCCGGGAACCGAGUCGUGGGAGGGGUAGCCACGAGUUUGCCGGAGUCCGACAGUUUCCUGGACCGGGAAGAUGUGCUCCCUGAACUUAUUUCCCCCGCCGCCUCCUAGGGGUCAAGUCACGCUUUACGAACACAAUAACGAGCUGAUGACAGGCAGUGGCUAUGAGAGCCCGCCUCCCGACUUCCGGGGCCAGUGGAUCAAUCUUCCCGUCCUAAACCUGACCAAGGAUCCUCUGAAGACCCCCGGGAGGCUGGACCACGGCACGAGAACUGCUUUCAUUCAUCACCGGGAGCAAGUGUGGAAGAGAUGUAUCAACAUCUGGCGCGAAGUGGGCCUUUCUGGGGUGUUGAAUGAAAUCGCAAACUCAGAGGAAGAGGUGUUUGAGUGGGUGAAGACGGCUUCCAGCUGGGCCCUGACACUGUGCCAGUGGGCCUCCUCGCUGCACGGGUCCUUGUUCCCCCACCUGUCCCUCAGGAGCGAAGAUCUGAUUGCUGAGUUUGCCCAAGUCACAAACUGGUCCGCUUGCUGCUUGCGAGUCUUCGCAUGGCACCCCCACACCAACAAGUUUGCAGUGGCCCUGCUAGAUGACUCCAUCCGUGUGUAUAACGCCAGCAGCACUAUAGUCCCCUCCCUGAAGCACCGGUUACAGAGAAAUGUGGCAGCCCUGGCCUGGAAGCCCCUGAGUGCUUCUGUGUUGGCCGUGGCCUGCCAGAGCUGCAUUCUCAUCUGGACCCUGGACCCCACCUCCUUGUCUACCCGGCCCUCCUCUGGCUGUGCCCAAGUGCUGUCUCACCCUGGGCACACACCUGUCACCAGCCUGGCCUGGGCCCCCAGUGGGGGGCGGCUGCUCUCGGCUUCACCUGUGGAUGCUGCUAUCCUGGUAUGGGAUAUCUCAACAGAGACCUGUGUUCCUCUGCCCUGGUUUCGAGGAGGUGGGGUUACCAACCUGUUCUGGUCCCCAGAUGGCAGCAAAGUCCUGGCUACCACUCCUUCAGCUGUCUUCCGAGUCUGGGAGGCCCAGAUGUGGACUUGCGAGAGGUGGCCUACUCUUUCAGGGCGCUGUCAGACUGGAUGCUGGAGCCCAGAUGGAAACAGACUGCUGUUCACUGUGUUAGGGGAACCACUGAUUUACUCCUUGUCAUUCCCAGAGCGCUGUGGUGAGGGAAAGGGGCGCGUCGGAGGUGCUAAGUCAGCAACGAUUGUGGCCGAUCUGUCUGAGACAACAAUACAAACACCACAAGGAGAAGAGAGGCUCGGGGGAGAGGCUCACUCCAUGGUCUGGGACCCCAGUGGGGAACGUCUGGCUGUGCUCAUGAAAGGAAACCCCCGGGUUCAAGACGGCCAACCAGUCAUCCUUCUUUUUCGCACCCGAAACAACCCUGUGUUCGAGCUGCUGCCUUGUGGCAUUAUCCAGGGGGAGCCAGGAGCCCAGGCCCAGCUCAUCACUUUUCAUCCCUCCUUCAGCAAAGGGGCUCUGCUCAGUGUGUGCUGGUCCACAGGUCGAAUCGCUCACAUCCCUCUCUACUUUGUCAACGCCCAGUUCCCACGCUUUAGCCCAGUGCUUGGUCGAGCUCAAGAGCCUCCAGCCGGGGGUGGAGGCACCAUUCACGAUCUGCCCCUCUUUACUGAGACAUCCCCAGCCUCCGCCCCUUGGGACCCUCUCAUGGGUUCACCACCUGCUCAGUGUCCCUCCCCUCAAGCGCACUUCUAAUAAUAAAAAGCUUCUUCUUCCUUAA